AUGAAUGUGUUGUCUCAUUUGCUUAAUGUUGCUGCUUGUAAUGGCCUAAUCCGGUUCCAUCCUAAAUGCAAACAUGUCUCCCUCACCCAUCUUAGUUUUGCUGACGACUUGCUUAUUUUCUCUCAUGGUGAUGAGAGCUCUAUUUUGGGUGUUGUUGGGGUUUUGGAGGUUUUCUAUGAGUUGUCUGGUCUUCAGCUUAAUGCUGGCAAAUCUGAAAUGUUUGUUUGUGGGGUGCAAAAUGAUAUUUUAAGUAGGAUGCUGGCAGUAACUGGAUUUAAAUUGGGAAGACUCCCUGUUAGGUACCUUGGGGUACCUUUAGUCACUAGAAAAUUAGCUGUCAAGGAUUGCAUUCCUUUGAUUGAUAAUAUUAGAAGUAAACUGAACAUAUGGUCUAAAUUGAAGCUGAACUAUGGUGGUAGGUUGCAGCUUAUUCAACCUGUUCUUUUUAGUAUUUCAAAUUAUUGGUGUAGGCAUCUGGUUUUGCCAAAUGAGGUAAUUAGGCAGGUUGAGCAGCUUUGCAUGAGAUUCUUUUGGAAGGGUGGUGACAUUCCUGCUAGGGGGGCUAGAGUGAGCUGA